CGAAUUUCCUCUGGGAGAAAAAAAAAGAGACGUUCCUCUCCAUUCCCCUUCGACAACCUCAAUUCUCGACAAAGUCGACAAUCACCAUUUUCAAAAAUGGCCAAGGAAACUCCCGCAAAGACCGGUCUGGCCGUUGGCCUGAACAAGGGCCACAAGACCACUGCUCGUGUCGUCAAGCCCCGUGUUUCUCGCACCAAGGGCCACCUGAGCAAGCGCACCGCUUUCGUCCGUGAGGUCGUCAAGGAGGUUGCUGGCCUUGCCCCCUAUGAGCGUCGUGUUAUCGAACUGCUCCGAAACAGCAAGGACAAGCGUGCCCGUAAGCUGGCCAAGAAGAGGCUCGGUACCUUCGGCCGUGCCAAGAGAAAGGUCGAUGAGCUCCAGCGCGUCAUCGCCGAGUCUCGUCGUGCUCACUAAACGAUUUCUUUAAGCGAGCGGGGGAUAUCUUGGUAAUGGCAAAAACAAAAUAAAUUUUUUUCAACUGGGAAAUGAAUUAAACUACGGGUUUCGCAUGGAUUUGGCGUGGUCAUGAUUUUGAUUGAUUCAAUGGGGCUUUGAUGCGGGCGCAGCAGCGGUUAUAUAGCUGCGAUUUCGUUCAUCGGAAUUCUAAAUUCUUCAAGACAUGCCGUCUAUAUGACCCAACCUAAGAGAUUUUCUUCUUCCUCCCUC